CGGCUUAAAACUGGAACACAAUCGGAGGACUUCUCACUUCUUUUUAAGAUUUCAGAAGACAGACUCUGCAGCAGACCCUCAAUCAUUCACCUAGACUACCGAUACCGUUUGAACAUAUUUAUGCCACCAUGAGACGACACAAUCCAUACCAAACACUAGUAUCGCUGAUCCUAUUGUUCGUUUGGAUCCCAGGCGUGUCAAGCCUGUAUACCGGUGGCACACGAGGAGGUGGCCAUCACAAGAAUCAGGAAGAUGAUCGACCGAACAUGAACGGAGACUAUGUCUUGUCUUCUACGCCCCAUGCCAACAAUACGCAAAAGCUAUUCCCCACUCAUUUCAAGGACUAUCCCGACAUUGCCACAGAAUCGUUUGAUGUCUACAGUCCGAUCAUCUCGCAGCUUUAUUCGCAAGUUUUUUGGAAGGGACUGCCACCCGUGAAAUUACCCCAGCACAUUGCAUCGAAAUACAAGGGACAAGUCAUGGCAGUGAUUGGAUUUGAACUUGAUCAAGUACGCAUCGACAAAGAUGGAAAGGAACGAUCUGUUCCGAUGAAUGCAGUGUACAAUCAUCAUUUUGAAGCCACCAUGAUUGGAGGAGACAAGACGACGCGAUUUGAGUUGGUAUCUCCCAAGGAUUCCAGAAUAGUUGCACAACAACAGCGACGACAACGCAUGGGACAUGGCAUUCCACCACAUCAGCCCUAUUGGUUGGUUGUCGACACUACUACAGAAAGCGACAUGACUUCCACAGGAGGAGAGAAACGAGAACAACAAUCGAUGAUUCCCACACAACAAGCUUUUACAGGAGCCAAUGGAGGCGAAGUGCGCAAGUCGUUUCAUGGAUACCCACCUGGAUUUGCCCAACUCAUUGCCAGUCCCAAAGCCAUUCAAAUUACUCCCAUGCAAAUUGAUACGUGGAAUCGAGAUGCCAUGGAUUUGGACAAUAAUUUCACACGGUUUGUCCCAGGACCAUUGCCACGAAAUUCAUUGGCACCAAAGAACAAGAAUGUCACCUACAGCGGAUUAUUGGAAUGUCCCGUCACGACUCGCAUCCAAAAACAUCUUCCUCCACAAGGAUACCUUCCUCUAGCCAAAGGGAGCUGCGAGAAUCUUGUGAUUACCAGCCCGGACGAUUGUUUCCAGGCCGUGACGAAAAUGGUACGAGAGAGCGACAACCAAACCCAAAUUCAUACAGUCUCGGGCCAAGACGAUCCAAGCAGACCCAAGGGAUGUAGUAUGCGCGUUGUAUCUGUGCCUCCUAUUCCAGACUAUGACGACGAGCAACGAGUGAUUGAAGCAUUCUAUAACAAUGCGUCGGAAACAACCGUCGAAUGCGGAUCUCGCAAUGCAGACCAACUCUACAGUGCCGCUGCCAAUUCGUUGGUAGAGGUAUCCGUCAUGAUUGAUACAGCCAAAGAUCUGGUCACAAUUUCCCUCAAAGGGCCAGCCUAUCGUUGGUUUGGUGUGGGCUUUGGGGCGCGCAAGAUGAAGGAUCAACCCUGGACCAUUGUUGUGGAGGGCGGACAAGGCGGUGCCGUGACGGAACGCAAGUUGGAGGAUCACGCGGGUGGCACACUCAUCACACCUUCCACUAUUACGGUCAAGUCCAGUACGACUUGUCAGGAUGGCACCAAGACUGUCAUUGUGACACGGCCCAUCCAAGGCCAGUACUUUAAUUUUGAUGCCCACGUCAACAACACCGCAACGAUUGACUUUAUCAAUGCUGUUGGAUCAUCAAAACAGUUUGGUUAUCACGAAAACAAGGCUGCAAGCUCCAUGCUCGUAUUGCCAGUGACGACUGCACGAGACGACAACAACAACAUGGGAGGCGUUUGCAUGUGUCAAAAGGAUCCACCGCCGUUUGGAGCUGCCACGGGCGGGUCAUUGGAAUAUCAUCCCGUCAAGGGGCAACCGGGAGAACGGGGAGUUGCAGGGAGCGUCCAAUUGGACAACAAGUGCGAGCCAUAUCCCCACACGGAUUUGUUGGAACAAAAGAAUCCUACUUGUGACAUUCGGACCUAUGUUGGCGGCCAAACCGCGUGCCAUCAUAUGUGGAGUCUACUCGAUGCCGACCAAGACAUUCCUUGGGCAGACCAACCCCUGGAGUAUCGUCUCAAAUUUCGAUUCUGGGUUCAACCCUACGACGCAUCGUAUCACACCAAUGUCCACAUGACGCGCCACGGGAUUGGCAGUCCUGUGGAGUACGAUGUCCCAAAAUGCGAGGACGGAAUCCCUGGUUGUUCCCUGGAAGUAGACCACAAAACCAACCGAGAACGUUGGGUUCACACCAUUCGAGGGACGAUCCAUGUGGAGGGAAGAAUUGUGGCAGCGCACUUUCAUUGCCAUGCUCCCACGUGCAUCAUGAUGGCAAUGUAUCUUUGUGACGACGACAAUGAUGAAAGGCCGUGUGACGAAACCUCUGCAACGCUCUUGUGUGAGGAACAUGCCGUGCGGCAGCAUGGCGAGCCAGGGCAACGUUUCAAUGAGCCCGACUUUAUCUAUCAGCCACCGUGCUUGUUUGGAUCCUCAAAGUACGGGUUGGAACCGCCCAUAGAAAUGACAGGCCGCACGCUGUUUGUCAAAAAGACAGCUGAUGCAACUUAUGGGCAUCAUGGCGAAAUGGCAUGGGCGCAAAUGGCCAUGGCAAAGUAAGAACGAACGAAAAGUCUAGCAUUCGCUGGAAGGUGAUAGAUCAGCAUGACCAACGGUACCACGAUAUCUGGUAGUACCGUCUAACCCAUCCAAGUUCCCAUGUCUUUUACAAAAGAUGGGCCGCGACGAACCUUCGAAGAAAGGGUUGCGGGAGAAGGGAUGGACCGAGUCUAGUAGAGUGGCAGUCAUCCCUGCAGCUGCGGCUAUUCCUUGCAGUCAGUACCGUAUCGAUAGCUGGGAGUUCGAGUGAGUCAGAUUCGAGUGCCUUGGAUGGCACAGGCGUCAUUUGCUGUCCACAUCGGAUUUUUGAGUGCUUUUUCGCAGCAAUGCGAGUACCUAUGUCGGCAUCUGGGUCGCUCCCCGGACAGGUCGUCUUCUCCACGACCAUCACAACCAACCCGCAGUCAAGGGGCUUCGAACUCAUCAGUCCCCUAGCCAGCUCCAGGAACAGUAAAACAGAUAUGAAUGUACGACUUAGAGCAACGAACACAGACUCAAUAGUUGUCCCUUUAUUAGAAGACUGUCAUUCUUUCUCUGCUUGACGCACAUGCAACCUAGUUUGCACCUCGCGGAUUGAUCACCAAACAUCUUGUCCAGGAGAGUACCUGUGGUUUCAACUUUCUUUUCCGCACUUGCAAUUAUUACCUGGCCUUGAAAACAAUUUUCAAGCCUGGUUUGGCUUUCAUGGUGACAAAGUUGGUGAAUGUGUGCUCCACAUCACGCUGGGAUGGAGCAAUCUCCACCCUGACAGCACGCACCAUUUGGGCCACAAUCAUCUUGGCCUCAUAGGUGGCAAACUUGUACCCAAUGCAGUUGUGGCCACCAGCACCAAAUGGCAAAAAUGUGAAGUUUCUAGAAUCCAUGCCACCACUACCUGCAUCACCACCUCCCAACCAUCGUUCCGGCUUGAAGAUUUCUGGUUCCGGCCAAUACUUGGGGUUCCGGUGGAGGAGGAGCACGGGCAGCAUCAAAUUGGUGUCCUUGGGAAUUUUGUAGCCUGCGAUUGUUUCUUCAUAGCAGUUCCGGCGGACCACCAUUCCCACAGGUGGGUACAUGCGCAGCACCUCAUUCAGGAAUGCUGACAAGUACUCCAUGUUUUCUGCUUCUUCCAAGGUUACAUUGCUGUCAUCAUUGUUGGUGUCCUUGAGGUUCUUUAUGACAUCUUGAAAGACUUUAUCUUGUACAUCAGGAUGUUUGGCCAUGGCGUAAAGUGCCCAGUAACACCAUGUUGAUGUAGUCUCAUGCCCAGCCAAUAGAAAAGUCUUCAAUUCAUCCUUCAAUUCUUGGUCUGAGAGAGCAUUUUUGCUGUUGGAAGUUGCCUCUGCAUCUCUUGCCUGCAACAACAGUCGGAGAAGCGACUUUGACGACGAUAUGUUGGGCAAUGAUGAUGAUGAUGCAGACAAUACCCCAUCUUCUGCCUCUUGCUGGUUCAUGUUCUUGGCAUUCUGGAUGAUCCCCUCAACAGUUGAACUAAUGGCUGAUAUGAGGUUGACAGUCUUUGGAUUAAUGUAUGGAUCCAGAGAAUAAGUGCCAGUCAUGAAAAGGACUAAACGCAAGAGACUUGGCUGGAAAAACCCCAUGAAUGAUUUUAUGAGAGGAUCAGUCAACUCAGGUGACUGAAGACUCUUAGCAUCGUUCUUGUCCCCAGCUUGCUUGGCUUCUUGGACUGCCGUGGACCAAGCUUCUAUAUCCUUGAGGCCACUGGUAUCAUAGGAGAAUCCUGCAUCUCCAAUGAUAUCCAAAGUUAGGGCAGAAAGAUGAGAUGCCAGGUCAAUUUCUUGUCCCUCGCCAGCAUCCAACCAGCAGCGAAUGAAUGUUUGAACCUUGGGUGGAACGCUGAUGUUCAAUGUCUCCUUGAGAAAUGAUACAGAAAAUGCCGGUUGGAUGAUUCGGCGAUGCCUGGCCCAUUCCUCUCCCUCCAGAGUGACCAGGCCAUAACCUAUCACACUGGGAAAGAGGGUGAAUGGUUUCUUGAAUCUACAAUCGUUCUUGGAUGCUGGUGCUGUCAGUAUUUCCUUUAAAAAAGAUGGAGCCAUCAAUUUUAGAAUAGGAUAACGCCAUGAACAAAAAAGAAAAAUCAGCAGAUGGGCCGACUAACCUUCAAGAUUUCCUUGUCCAAAAUCAGCAAGUAGUUCUGGCCUAUGAUCUGAGAGUAGCGGACAAUGCGGGCUUCAGGGCCCACUUCUUCCCACCACUGCUUGUGUGGGACCAUGAAAGGUUCUCAUCUGAUAGCCGGGGUUUGUCCCAACCAGAAGCCACACUUGGGACCCGGAAUAUGCUGUAUGGAGCGCCAUUUCAGAAACCGAGGGAUCAUUCGCAGUAGCCUAAACAGGGCAAAACAUAGUGCAAGAGCUCCCAACCAAAGCCAUACCAUGGUGAUGAUAUGUUGUUGUCAAAUAUUGAACGAA